UUUUUCGUCCCUAGGAUGAAGAAGGACUGGUCCAAUCCCGUCAGUCACAGCAAAGUUGUCAACAUGGCGGGUCUGUGGUGCAAAUUUGCGCUCCGUGCAGUUGUCGUCUUCUCUCUCGUGCUUUCCCUCGUCCUGGGACAGAGUCUGGACGACGAGUACAAACAUCUCUACGACAGGCACAUGUUCGAGGAGGCUAUAGAGGCUGCGCCGCAUUUCAUCAUGUUUUUCGCGCCAUGGUGUGGCCACUGUAAGAGGGUAAUGCCUGUCUUUGAUGAGCUGGCAGACAAGUACAACUUACAGCAGUCUCCGAGACCUCCCCUCUACCUGGCAAAAGUGGACUGUACAUCAGAAAUUGCCUUAUGUGAUGAGCAUGGAGCCACAGGAUACCCAACCUUCAAGAUGUACAGGCCUGGCCAGGAAGUAGAUCGGUACAAAGGCGAGAGGACAGCCAAGGCAUUUGAGGAUUACUUUACACAAAUGACAUCAGAAGUUGCAAAGCCUGUGCCACCUGAACCAAAACAUGGUCUGUACAGUUUGGAAGCCGCUAACUUUCAGGACCAUGUUGCAAAAGGUCUUCACUUUAUCAAGUUCUAUGCUCCUUGGUGUGGACACUGCAAAAGGCUGGCUCCAACAUGGGAGGAGCUAGCUACAACAUUCGAACACGAGGAACAUCUCACAAUUGCCAAGGUUGACUGUACCCAGGACUAUGAUGUGAAGGGAUACCCAACUAUUUUACUCUUCAGGGAUGGGGAUAAGCUGGAGAGGUACAGUGGAGGACGAAGCCAUGCUGAACUGAAAACCUAUGUGUCGUCCAAGUUGGAAGAGUCCAAUUUGUUUUGGGAAAAGGAGGCACUGAAGCCGAAGGAGACAGUAAAGAUCCAGAAAAGUGGGGAAGGACCUAAGGAGCCAAAGGGAGAAAUGCCUGCUGAACCAGAGAGCAAAGUACAGGCCUUAGAUUCUGACACAUUCCAAACAGAGAUCAGCAAAGGGAUCACUUUUGUUAAGUUCUAUGCACCAUGGUGUGGUCACUGCAAGCGGCUGGCCCCCACAUGGGAUGCCCUGUCACACAAGUUUCCUGACCAGCCUCACGUGAAGAUUGCUAAAGUAGACUGUACCAUGGCAGAGAACAAGGAACUCUGUCAGGACCAGAAGAUACGAGGGUACCCUACACUCAUUCUGUUUCGAGGAGGCAAGGCAGAACAAUACAAAGGGCCCAGGGACCUCACAGAACUACAUGCAUUUGUCCGGAGGACCUUACGUGAUGAACUAUAAGAGUGGAUUGUCACACACACUUGCUUUUCCAGGUGACAGGCUACCCCACACUGAUUCUCUUUAAGAAUGGAGGGAGGAUAGCAGACUACAAUGGUGCCAGGACUCUGGAGUCUCUACAUUCCUAUGUUGUUGAAAAGACACACGAUGAGCUUUGAUGCCAACUGGAGAUAGAGACAGGGAUAGUUUUAAGCAGGGAUAGUUUUAAGCCUUACUUACCUACAUUUUUUUCUUUUGUUUGGACCACUUUUUUGGCUUCUAUAACUUUUUGUCACUUGAAGUUUACCCUUUGUUUGAAAUAACUUACUACAUAUCUAGUAAUAAUUAUAUUAUUGUUAAGUUCAAGAGAACAGCAAUGGAAAAAGUUGGCUUGUUAUUAAAGGUCCUUCUCAAGUCAUUUCACAUGGAAAGGUAUGAGCAUGUUUUCCUUCAAUCAAAAUUAAGUUUUUUACAAGUUAAUUGUCAGUUGAUGAAAGGCAUAAUGUAAGUUAUCAUGAAAUGACAAAAGUGCUUCUUUUUGGCAUCAAUGCAAAACCACCCACACAGCAGUGAGUCUGUAUUUCAUUUAUAAUACAAGGGAUAUAUUGAGCUUUUGUCAGAGAGCAAUUGGAAUUAUGGUUGGCCAGAAAGAAACACUGUCUUUUCCAAGUUGUAACUGGAGCUGCCUGGGUAGUUGUUCCUUCCCAUUUUACCUUCUAUGCAAGGCAUAUGAUAUUUCAUUUACCUAUAGUAAUGCAAGAAAGCAGUCGAUCAUUAAAUUUUCAUGGAAUGAGAUUUAGUGUCAAUGAGAUUGUGCAAUAAGACAGAUAUAAGAAAUGAUUUGAAGAGUAUUAGUUAUUAAUUGAUACCUUUUAUAUUUAUUCUAUUCUGGAAGCACAUCAGUUAAUACUUAGUACAUACCCAAGGCUUGGUCUCACCUAUUUUUGGAUAUGCAUCAGAAUCUAUCAUAUCACUUUUCACCCUUCACUGUUUUGUUUCAGACAUACAUUGAAUGUAGAAUUUCUCACAUAAAAUGUCUAGGUUGUAGUUAUUACAUUUUGCAAAAUGGUAAUUCGUAAAUCCCUUUUGUAACUUGUGUAAAGAAAAUUAUUAAAAAAAGCAAAGAU